AUGGAAAUGAAAGAGACUGCUGAACACAAGACAGUAUGGAAGAUGAACUCAACCAGUGAACCUUUAUUUACUACUAGUGUAGAAGUCAGUCCUUUGAAAAAAUUCACCAUUCCCAAGAUCAGAAGGACAGCUGGGAAAGUUUACUUGUCACCUUGUUGCACCAAUACCAGAGAGUAUAGUUUCAUACAUGAUACUCUAAACCAGUGCCGGCUUGAUGUGAGCUGUGAUCUUCAGUCUUCAUGGCAAUUUGGAGAUACAAAGUUGGUUCACAAUGAGGAGCUGGAAAGAAAUUUUACUUCUAAGAGGUCAGAGAUGCGUGAGAGUGGAAGACAUGGCAGAGAACUUGAAGAGCAUUUCUGCUUUUUAGCACUUCCUCAGAGUGAUGUAGCUGAGAUCUAUCAGAAUGGGAUGAGUACCAAAGCAUCUGCAAUGAAGAUACUAGGAAAUCCUCUUCUUGGAAUUUAUACAUUUAGACAUGUUGAUAUUGCCUUGAGUUACGCUCAUAGUACAAGCAUUACUGUGGAAAGUAUUAUAAUUUUUAAGGUUCUCUUUGGGAAAGUGAAGAAAAUCCAGCCUUCAGUGGAUAAAAACAAAGUUUCUUUGGAUCCUUCUCCUAACUUUGAUUGCCAUAUGUCGAGAAGUAUACCUUCUCUGAAAGAUACUAUUGAACUACAAGCCUACAAUUCAGCAGUAUACUUCUAUGAAUACAAUAUUCUUUCAAAGCCAGUAGAAAAACCUAGGCAGUGCCUUCCAUAUGCAGUAGUAACAGUAAAAUUUAUUGGUCAGAAAGUAGAUAAUGGACACAUUAUGACAUCUUUGAGAUUCCUCGCAACAGGAUUUCCUAAGAGGGCUGAAAGAACAUGCUCUCUGAAUAACUGUACAGUGGCCAAAAGAAUUGGGAAAGGAAAAGAUGCUACUGUCAUCUUUGAGCACUUCAGGAAACCUGUAGAUCCAUUUGUUCAGGAAAACUGUUCAUGCAAUGCACUAAAUUCAGAGAUAAAUCCUUCCAACUCAAAUAUUUCUAAUUCCUGUGGAAAUGUGCAAAAUGAAAACAUUUCUGUACUUGAAACAUACAGUGGACAGAUGGAGCACAACUUAGGAGAACAUAGAGACACUUCUCAAGUACAUGCAUAUGAUUCGGGUCUUUCAUUUAUUCCCGGUGAUACCAGAGAAAGUGUUAAUAAUGGGGACCUCUUAAAUUUGACACAUCUUAAAGAUGUUUUAAGUGAUCUUGCUGCUGCUUUUCCCCUUCAUAACAAUAUUGGCUCAAGCACAGUUAUUACAUCAAAACUCAUCAAAGACCCAAGGCUGAUGAAGAAAGAAGAAAGCACGGGAAAACAUAAUGCUAUUACAGAUUUAAAUGAGAUUUUACCACUUGAGAAGAGUUUAGAUUUUGCUAACUCAGAAAUAAACCUAUCAUCUAUCCCAGCUAAUUCUGCCUCUUCAUUUGAAGUCAUGCCUGGUGAUCAAACUAUUCUUACUAAUUACAUGGACUCCUCUGGCUUCAAAAUUUCUUUUGAUGAUUCACAAGCCCAGGCUCACAACAUGGGCUCUGAGACCUAUGAUUAUACAACUCCCAAUAAAAUGACCAUUGCAGGACAACAUAAGAUCCAGGAUAAUUUUUCCUUCCCAGCAUAUGUGUCAAAUGUAGUUUCAGAAGUUGAAACUGCAAAACACAGUGAGGAAAAAGUACAGAGAUCCCAACAGAGAAGCAAAAUCCCACUUUCAAUUGAACAAAAUUAUGAGCCACUUGAGUCUUACGAAUCAGUGAAUAGUUGUUCAGAAGGGUACAAUAGUCACAUCUCUCCAGAAUCACAGUCUUCUAAUUUUAAAACUGUACAUCAGACUAGUCAACAAAUGUCUACAGUUUUUCCACUGCAAAGCAAAGAAAGCAUACAUGAGUACAUUCAAAAUACUGGAAAGAUGAGAAACUUCACUGGGACAGAAGACAAUUCCAAACAUGGAGAAAAGCAAAAUUUAUGGAAAGAAAAUGAUAAUUCUUUUACUAAUAAAAGAAAAAUCAGUCCAGUAGAUAAUUACAUUUCUUGGCACCAAGACUACAAAGAGGAUGAGAGUCUUGAUUAUUUGGGGGAAGAUUGUGAUCAAAUGGUAAAUCCUGAAGGGUUAGAAAUACCAAAAUCUUCCACAUCUGCCACAGAGGAUAAGUAUGAACUAGAUCAUCUAACACUGGAAAUACAAAAUAAUCUUACUACAAGAGUGGAGAGCCAUCCACAGAAGUAUCGUCAAUACUCUUUUGAGUACGAUGAUAACAUUCAUACAAGUUUUGCCAUUUCUCGGAAACUAAUGGAACUGAAACUAGAAAAAACAAAUCAGAACUGUGUCAGCAUUAUGACUGAUGCUUUCCAGGAAGCAAAAGACAUUCCCCAGGCCAAUAAACUGCCACCUGUUAUUUCAUCUCAUGACAUUAAAACAGCUCAUGAUAAUGCAAAUUGCAACAUGGCUAGAGAACAUAUGUAUGUUCAAAGGAGAAAUGAAAAUGAUCUAGUGUCAUUAGAGAACAUUCAAAGAGGCUACAAAGAAACUCCUCAAAUUGAUGAUAAAGGUCAAGAUCAUACUCAGUUCUGUAAUGCACAGUUGAACAGUGAUGUGCACCUGAAUAUUGAUUUCAGAGAACAAAGAGAUAAUGAGAAAGAAAACCAGGAUGAGGCUGAAGUGGAAGACAUGGCUUCGUCUAAAGAAAACAACAUAGGGGAUAUAUAUGGAGAAGAGAAGCAGCAUUUUCAUCCAAACAAAAGUUUCAUCAGUAUAGAUGAAAGGAGGGAGAAUAAAAAUUAUGGUAGCAUAGAAAUUCUGAGUUCUGAAGACUUUUCUACUGCAUUGAAUUUGACAUGGGGAAAAAAAUAUGGAUCAACAGAAUCUGCAUUAUUAGGAGGUGAAGAUACUGUUACUGCCAUAAAAGAAAAAGAUAUUCAAAGUACUGGCAGGACUGUAGAGCAUUUGGUUUCCACAACAUUUCCCAAAACUGCAGCUUCUUCAGAGCACGUAGCCUCAGAUGCCACCAUACAGAUAGCUGAUGCUACCGUGCCUGCAAGAAGCACAAAUCAUGAAGAUCUCCAGAGAUACCAGUUUAAAGAAGCUUGUUCCUCUGAGAGUCCAGAUUUGGGUUUGUUAGUAAAACAUAGGGUUUCUGACUGUGAAACAGAUAUGGAUAACGAUGAAUUACACAAUUCAUUUCAUCAUUCAGUAAGUGACCACUCAGUUCUUGAAAGUUGCAAAGUGGAUAAUGAGAUUGAAGUAGGAUCAAAGCAGAGUAAUGAUGCUUUUCUAUUUCAACGGGAUACUUGUAGCCAUGGAAAUGUACUCUAUGAAGAAUCUGGGGCCUCAUACGAGGCUCUGAAGUCUCGUAUCGAUUGGGAAGGUCUGUUAGGAAGCAAUAAUGGGAAGAUGGGAGUUUUGAAAAGUAUCACAAGGGAGAAUGAUGAUCAGCAUUGCUCUGAGGAAAGUAGUUGUUUUUAUUCCUCUACAGAAAAAAAAAAAGCAGAGCUCUUCAACCCAGUUUUACUUCCAGAUCUACAAGUUAGGAUUACUAAUAUAUUUAUGCAAGAAUUCAGUCCCACUGUUGAAUCCCUUGCAUUGAAAGAUAAUUUCUGCAAAGAUGUAACUGAAGCUACAAAAUCAGAAAUAAAUGAGAAGCAGGGGAAAGUUCUGGAAUUUGAAAUUCAUUCCCAGUGUUCUGGUGAAAAUUCAGAUCAUCCAUGUGAAGGUGAAUUUGGUAAUAUAAGGCAAGAAUCAGGACUAGUGAGUAAAUCUGAAAUCCCUCCUUCUUUUGACUUGAGUCAUCAUACACACAUGAGUCACAUGUAUGAAAAACAGAACAGCAGGCCUUUGCUUACUGAACUUUCUAAUGCCACAGCAGUAAAUAAUGAAAGCAGAUGUUCCUUUACUAAGUCAAAAACCAGUUUUAAUGAUACUAGCAUUAAAAAGGACACAGAAUCAGGAAUUAGCAAAAGAAAGCCACAUACACCUUUUAGGGACCAGAAUUUACCAGAUAAAGACUUCAGACAUCACGAGAUUUAUGGGAAGAAGAGGAGGCUAGCCAGUCAGGACUCAUCUGAAUGUUUUUCUUCUCUAUCCCAAGGACGAAUUAAAACCUUUUCACAGUCAGAAAAGCACAUUAGGAGUGUCCUGGAUAUUCUAAAUAGUGAAGCAUCUUUAUGCAAAAGCAAACGUCUUUCCAGAAGACUUGACAGAGCUGUUCUUCACUUAAAAAAAGCUCAUAGAAGAGUUCACACGUCUUUGCAGCUUAUAGCUAAAAUGGGAGAAAAAAGAAAGGGCCCUUUACCAAAAGCAUAUGCAAUAAUAUGCAAUAAUUUCUGGGAAAGUUGUGACCUUCAAGGUUAUAGUUCUGUGUCUGAAAGAAGAUAUUAUUCCACUAAGCAUUUUUUGUCAAAAAGAAAAUAUGACAAGCCUGGUGAGAAAAGACCUUUGGGAUUUGAAGUUGAUAAAUCCUUAACUCAUGUAUCAAAGCACAAGUCUUAUAAAACAAGUGAAGAAAGAAUCACAAAGUGCCUGUCUAAGAAAAAUGUGUCCAGAAGUCACACAACUAUUCGCGUGAGAGAAUUUUGUGAUCAAGAGUACCCUGAAUCACAGUUAGCCCUGUGUGCCACAUCCCAGAGUACAAGUCAGCCAGCUUAUGGCAAUAGCAGGAUGAGAAAUCCUAGAUCUUCAGAAUUUCAGCCCUUUUCUGGAAAAACUGGGUGUCUCUCUUCCCCAGACUGCCCAGAUGAAACACUAACUGAAAAAGGAAAUCAAAUUGAUACAGAGUUUUUGUCUAGCCUUAGUAAAUAUGAAAAGCUUGAGAACCGCUCAGCACAUAGUAAUAUUAAGGAUACAGCAAAAGGAAAGAAUUCUGAGGCUAAUGAAGUUAUAAAUAAAAGGAAUUUGUUGUCUUUAAGCUGCGUGAAAGAAGACAAUGUAAGUUUUAGCAUGCACAAAAAUUAUGGUGUAACUUGUAUAGCUCACACAGAGGUGAAAACUGACAUAGUUAUUUCAGUCUUACAGUCAAAUGUGAAGCAUUUGUUUAACAUUGAUGUCUACAAACCAGAUAACUUUAUUUUAUCUGGUUAUAAAAGAAACCUGGAAGUAAAUUUUCCUACAGAAAAAUGGACAGCUCCUAAUGAGAGCCCCAAACCAGGCAUUAUUACAGGAAACUUCCUUGUGGACCCAUUAAAUCUAACUUUUGAGGAAAAUAUAAUGAAAAAACUAUUUUCCAAUGAUAGUUCUCUGCUCCUAAAAGGUAAUAUAAAGUGUUCUUCCUCAAAAGAACGGAUCACAGAAAAAGACAUUCAGGACAGAAAAAUGUGGAAAGAUAAACAAGCAGAAAAAGCAAAAGAUUCAGUUCACAGAAACGUGACUGAAGGAUCAACUGUUAAGACUGAGAGCAAAAACCAAAAGAAUAGUGUACUGGAAGAAUCCUCCUAUGUCAGUGAGAAAACAAUUAAAAAUAACUUGAUUGAUUCUCAUUUAUGCAUUAAAAAUACUACAGAGGCAGUAUCUUUGAGUAACAGAGCUUCUAAUCAGCUUAGACAGAGAGAGGAGGGAAUUAAAGUUAAUCGUGACACUCAGUCUGACUCUGUAUUGCAUUCAGAAAUAGCCUGUAAUUCCUUACCAGGCCUUAUAGGAAUGAACCAUAGGCCUCUUACACAUGCCCACUCUGGCACUUCCGAAGUCUCUGCUCCUCAGAAGAAGCCUGCAUCACACAUGAAUGAAUUAAAAGAAGAACAUUACUCAGCUAAUCGUUCGGCUCUUAUAGCUCAGCUAGCUCAGAGUUUGAGGAGGGCUGACGAAGCAUCAUCUUUGCAGAUUCUACAGGAAGAAACUAAAGUUUGUCAAAAUAUUCUACCUUUAUUUGUUGAAGCUUUUGAAAGAAAACAAGAAUGUUCAUUUGAACAAGUCUUGAUUUCAAGAGACCUUUUGGUGGAACAAAACCUGUGGAGUAAUUGCAGCCGCAAAUUAAAACCAUGUGCUGUUGACUCCUUGGUAGAACUCCAGAUGGUGAUGGAAACGAUUCAAUUCAUUGAAAACAAAAAAAGGCUCUUAGGAGGUGAACCAACAUUCCGAAGCUUGCUUUGGUAUGAUGAGACAUUGUACAGUGAGCUGCUUGGCAGACCACAUGGGUUUCAGCAACAGUCCAAUUUCUAUCCGGCUUUUCAAGGAAGAUUAAAAUAUAAUGCAUUCUGUGAGUUGCGAAACUAUCGUGAUCAAUUAAUUGAACUGUUAGAAGAAACCAAAAGGGGAAAAAAUUCAUACUAUGCAUACUUAAAAUACAAACGACAGGUUAAUGAGUGUGAAGCAGUAAUGAAGCAUUGUUCUGAUUGCUUUGACUUUUCUCUUUCUGUUCCAUUUACCUGUGGUAUUAACAUUGGAGAUAGUUUAGGAGACUUAGAAACCUUAAGACGAACCACUUUAAAGCUGAUCAGUAUGAGUGGGGACUCUCAAAUUGAUUCCUAUCCAGGAAAACAAGACCAUUUCUGGAUUAUCAUAGAAAUGAUCGCCUCAAAAGUUAAUUUUAUCAAGAGCAAUGAGGCAGUAAGUAUUAAAGUAUCUCUUUAUGGUCUGGAACAUAUCUUUUUUGAUGCUGCAAAAAGUCUUGUUUGGAAAGAGAAGAGAGAGUCUUUCUCCAGAAAAUACUCAGGAAAGAACAAAGAAAUACUACUCAGAAUGAAUCAACAUGCUUUUUCUAGGUUGCAGAAGAUUUUUGAUACGUUAUCUAAAGAUUUAAGCAGUGAACAGAUUUCCAGUAUUAAACUUCAGGAGAACACCAUAAUUGCUGCCGGAAAGUCAAAUGAUCUAAUAAACAAAGCAGCAAUUAGCAUAGAAAACUCUAGGUUUAACAAUAGUUUGCUUUCACACCCAGAUAUCUGUUGUAUUAGUGAAAUAUUAGAUCAAGCUGAAUUUGCAGACUUUAAAAAAUUACAGCAACUCACUUUCAGAUGUACCCACCACUUAGAAAUUUUAAAACAAUACUUUCAGAUACUGCAAGAAGAUAACAUAGAUAAUAUUUUUAUCACGGAAGAAAACGUUUUGGAUGUGGCAAAAAAACACAGACAUGAGGCUGUAAUUUUGAAACCUGCAGCCAUUGAAACCUAUAUUGAAAUUGUCAUGCUCUCAGAAACAGUUCACUUUCUUAAAAACUCAAUGGCAAAGAAACUAGACAAACAGAGGUUUCGAGGUAUGCUUUGGUUUGAUUUGUCACUCCUUCCUGAACUGGUUCACUGCCAAGAAAAAAUGGCUUCUUUCUCAUUUCUUAAAGAUAAUUCAACUGGUUGCCUUUGGAAGGUGAUAGAGACUGCUAUUUCUGAACUUAAGAAAGAUCUGGAUAUUAUCUACAGCUGUAGUGAAGCUGUUAAUUGCUCAUAUGCGUUUCAUUUGUUCUCAAGAGAACUUGAAGAACUUUCAGAAAUAAAAAAGCUUCUUGAGAAGUCUAAGUAUUCCGUUUCCACAUACGUUGACUUUGUGCCCUGUAUAGCAUCCAUAAACUACGGAAGCACUAUGACGGAGUUAGAAUACAACUACAAACAGUUUUCCACCCUGCUUGAAACUAUAAUGGCUGCCUCUCGGAAAGAUAUAGGGAAAAUGGCCCAUAUUAUGAAAGUCAUGAAAACUAUUGAAUGUAUGAAGAUAAUAUGUGCUAAAAACGCUAAAUUAACCAUUUCCUUUAUCCUAUGCCAAAUGCUAUGUAACAGAAAGAAGACUUUCCAACUGAAGAGAAAAGAAAACAUGAAUAUUUAUGUAAAACUUAGGAAAUGUAUCAACAAGUCCAAUGCCUGUGUGAAGGUGCCCUCAGUUUUAGAAUGCACAAGGAAAAACGUUUCGAAUUCCUCUAAAAAGCGACCUAUCACUGUAGACAAAUGGGAGGACUCUCAGGAACAAGAGAAAAAUACUACUGUCCCCAGUUGUAAAAAACAAAAGGUUAACAUGAAAGGUGUCACAGAAAUCAACAGAGAAAAGGCAACAUCCACACAUCCAAGGAAUACAAGAUCUUGUCCCAAAACUGAGAAUGAAACAGGACCAAAUUCAUCUGACAAUUUGAAAAGAAACCAUGUCUCUCCAAAAAAAGUUGAAAUUCUACGAUCACUACCUGGCUCACUUUUACCUUUAAAGAACCUAAAAGACACUUGCUUGUUGAAGUCAGAGGGCAAAAUAGAUUUAACUAAUACUUCAUCUGCUACUUCAAAAGAUUUCACUGGACAACAGGGAAGCUUAAAUAGCGUGAAGAAAAGAGGUGUAAAUCUUAGGGCUGCUGAAACAAGUGAUAAGAAAGAUUGUUCUCCUUUAGCAGUUUCUGACCAAAAAGAUACAGGUGGCACAUUUGCAAAAGGCAAUGAGAUACCUUCACAGAAAAUUUUUAAGAAUUUCCCAGAUCAGGCAGAGAAGUCUUGUCCCCCAGAUGUAAACCCAGGAACUGAUGCUUCUCUUCUGCCUAAUGCAUCAGUGUCCUCAAAGCCUAUUUUCUGUUUUGUGAGGGAUAUCCAUGACAAUUUAGAAAUGAAUGACACGGAUUUUGAACUUCAAGAUAAUGAAAUACUAAAUUCNNNNAUUAAAAGUUCUACAUGUUCCAGUUCUCCAGAACCCAUACUUAUCCAGGACAAAAUUCCUGUUCUGCAAAUAAAUAAAACACAACCUGCAAAGCCUGAGUCAAAAGAAAAAUAUGUGAAGGAUACAUUGAAUCCCAAUACUGUACCUGUUGAAACACCUAAGGACAUAACUCUUAAUGUGAAUCAAACAGUAGAACAACAGAAAAAUGAAAAUUCAGAAGUCUCUACUCAGAAUGCUGCCACAUAUUGGCAUGAACUUCCACAGUCUGCAUGUACCCUAACAUAUAAUUCUUCUGCACACUCGUUUGGAGCUUCGUAUCCUUACUAUGCUUGGUCUGUUUAUCAGUACAGCAGCAGCGAUGGCAGUUCCAUCACCCAGACAUACCAGGGGAUAACAUCCUAUGAAGGGCAGCCACCUCCUUCUGGGAUGUUGACUGCAGCUGCAAGCACUGUUCACAGUACAUAUUCUGAUCUUUUGUACUCUCAAUAUUUUGGUUACUUUGCCGGGGAACCACAAACAAAUUACUUCAUGCCAAUGAAUGGGUAUUUUCAAUCUCAAAUGCCUGUUUCUUACAAUUUUCAGCAGCCAGUUUUUUCACAGUAUGUUUCCUAUCAACCGGUACCACCAGCUGCAUACCCUUACUCUCCUGAUUCAGGUGUGCUUCCAGAGGUUCCUUGGACUUAUGCGUCAUGGCAACAAGAACCCUUUCAGCCAGGACAUUGAAAAUAGCCUUCUGUCUACUGAAAUAAAGGAGAUUUAACAAGUUUUUCCAAGAAUUUCUUACUUACAUGUUUUUUUAAAUUUUAACAUUUUUAAAUAUGUGUAAAUGUGGUAGGAGAAAUAAACCUUUUAGCCCUUUAUAAAAUACUUAAAUGCAACAGUGUAUCACAUAAUGCAAUAAGAAAUCAAUUUCUGACAUCUGAAAUACCAGAAUAAUUUCCAUGCAGUUAUUUUAGUGAACUCUGUACCAGGCUAUUUUCAGCACCCACCUAGCCAUCAGAAAUAUUAACAACAUUGUGAAGGUUAUUUUUUGAAAUGUUGCUAUCACAGCUAUUACAGUUAUAUAAGGAUUUUCUUUGGGAUUAUUCUAAUGGAGUAAGAAGAGUAAAUAUAGCAUUUAAUAUGAUAAAGGAAAGAGACAGUAGUAAAAUCUUUAAAACAAGAUUUUUGUUUUUGAUAUAUUAAUACAAUGUUUAUGAUAGUGUUUUGUCAUUUGACUUAAAGUAGGAUUUUUUUUUACUUGGAUUGGUCAUUAGACCAGUAACUUUAUAAUUCUUAACACUUUAUGUACUUUAAAAUUUGUGUCUAAUGUGACAAAAUCCUUUCAUUUUAAUAUUUUCUAAUUUUUACUUGGAAAGUAUAUUUUAAUAGAGAACUCGGUUUGUGUAUUUUCAGUGUUUAUUUGUCCUUGAGUAGAGAUUUAAAAAAAGUUUAAUGUUUGAAGCAAUUUUAGUUCGUUAUAUUGAAAUUAAAGCACAUUUAACAACUUUUUCCAGCAAGAGCCCUUUUCACAUGAUUAUUUCCUUUGUAUUUGUAUUUUACAGUUUAAGUAGUUCUUUUAAUGAUUUUGUAGUUAAUAUUAGGGAAUAAUGUCUUUAGUUUAUGCCGUUAGCUUAGUGGUAUUGCAGUAAUUUAAAUAAUGCAGCACAAAUAGAAGUUUUUUAAUGUUGUGAGCAUAGAUUUUAUUAUCCCUUUCAGCAUUCCACAAAACUAAAAAAUGUCUUAAUAACAAUCAUCAUAAAACAACAGAGCUGUAGUGUGUUAACCGUGGUCUUCAGCAGCCUUUCUGCCCAACAGCCAUUCCUGGUUUCUGUAAGAUCCAAGUCAGAAAGAUCCCGUACAACUGGAUAGACUUUCUCAAGCUCUUGUAACGAGAGAUUGUAUUGGCUACAUCUAAACAGCUAGCCAGCAAAUCUUCAGUGUUUUCAUAACCUUUUUAUGUUAGCAAACUAUUUAUGUUAUUAUCUAGUACAGGUAUCCAAAGAGAAUGUGAUUCAGCCAAGUUUAUUGUAGAGUAACUAAUUUUUUUCAAUUUAGAAAAAAACUAAGAUCCCCCAGGAUAAGCCUCUUUAGUCACAUUAACCAAAUAGGAUGGAAUUCAGAGUACUUCAGGGUUCUAACAAACAUAUCUUAAAGGGGGAAAGUCAAGUAAAGAACUGCAGCUGAGAGAAAUAGGAAUUAGAAAAAUACUAUAGAGUUAAAGCAGUAUCAAAAUAAUGUGUAUUUUUUUGUCCAGACAGUUGUUUUAUUUGGUAAUAUUCUAUAAAAUUCAGAACUCCUGAACAGAUAUUAAGGCAGUAAUAGUAACUGUUAUUCAAAGAAUGACUUUGCUUCAGCUGUUUGUUUUAUGUGUGGUAUGGAGAGAUGUUACAAAUUUAUUAAAAAUGUUUCUAUGAGGUAAACCAAAAGUUAAAUGUUCUAAUUAAGGAUGCUUCCAUUAAACAACUUUCAGAUUCUGUUGAUAUUGUCUGAGUGAUAUUUUUAUUUCAAGAGUUUUAAUUUCUUGAAAAAAUACAAUGAAAAAAAUGAAUAUUUAGUUACAUUUUAAAAUCUGAUAGAACAAAUUAAAAUUUGACCAAAUAUUAUAAACAAAAAAACCCUGAUUGUUUGUAAAUAUUGUUCUGGAACUUGAAGAACUAUCUGAAUAAACUGAAUUCCUUCUAGUACUUCUUAUUUCAGAGGAUUUUUUUUCCUUUCGUGUUUCUUGACUAGUGAGCAAAUAUACGG